AUGAAUUCAAUAACAGCAAAGGCGAUUUCCAUGACAGUUUUAGGACUGGGGAGUUUCGUAGUGGGUAUGAUACCCGCUUGUAUACCCCAGAGUGCGAGGCAAAGGCAUCCCUUGUUGAUCUCUUGCUUACUCUGCUUCGGCGGUGGCGUUCUUCUAUCGACUUCUCUGUUACACAUGCUGCCAGAAGCGAGAGUGAACUUACCGAAUUAUACAGAACUUUUGUUGUGUGCGGGCUUCUUCAUAGUUUACGCUGUUGACGAGAUUGUACAUUUCUUUUAUGGGACAAAUGAAAGUACAAGUGGUCAUAGAAGGAAUUAUGGGGCUGGGGAGCAGUCGAGUCUUCUACGAAGGAAUUCAGAGGAUGCGGAGAUGAGGGAGAGAUGCUGUGGGGACGCGGGCAACUCGAGGAUGUGUCAUGUGAGCCACACGGAACCUUGCAAUAAAAGUUCCUCUGGAAUUAUCGGUCUGCUGUGCGCAUUGUUCGUGCACAGUUUACUGGAAGGGCUGGCGAUCGGUUUGCAGGAAACUGCUGCACAGGUUAUGCUACUACUAGCUGCUGUCGCCAGUCACAAGUUCGUAGUGGGCUUCUGUCUGGGCGCAGAGCUGUGUGCGAGCGCCGCCAGUAAUCUGUGCACACAUAUUUUGUGCGUCGCGUUAUUUAGCGGCGGGUCAGCUGCCGGCAUCGCUAUAGGCGCUGCCUUAGACAGCGUUGAGGCUUUUAAUAAUUCUCCAGCUGUGCCUAUUAUGCAGUCGCUUGCAGCGGGGACUUUGCUCUAUGUGACUGUGAGCGAAGUAUUACCGCGCGAGCGAGCGCGUUGGCACGAGCGGAAGCGGGGAGCGGGGCUCGCGCAGUUCUUAUCCGUCGCUGUAGGCUUUGCGCUCAUGUACUUAUCGACAAAGUAUCUCGAUCACGAUGCUGCCUAAUUUUACAAAAGCGUAAAAUAUUGAGGUGAUUUUAUACUUUUUUUUAUCAUAGGAUAAGUAGACCUUAGGAAUUCGAAUAAAAAAAUAUGAAUGAAUGAAUGUUAUUAAUGGAAGAAUUGACAAAUAAACAAUUUGUUUUUUAA